UUUUUGAGAUUUUGAUGUUGAUUGAUCAUAAUAAUAAGUUGAGCAUCCUUAAAAUAAAAAAGUUAUUUCGCUAUUUCACUAUUUUUAUUGAAAACUUUUUCUUGCAGUGUCGAAUCGCCGUACUAUUGAAAUGUUCCAAAACAUGAACAUUAAACUGAAUAUCAACAAAAAUGAAAAUAGUAAACCGACUGUCUCAUCAACUGACAAGCAAGUUACCAAAAGAAAACACCCGACCUUAUCCCCCAUAAUAUCUACAAACAACAUAGAAAGUUUUGAGGAUUUUUGUUCCGAUGAUAGUGUCAAAGACCCAGAUUACGAGUAUUCGAAUGGUGAUGCAAAUAACCGUAGAAGUUCAAGCAGCUCAAGUGGUUCGAACAGCUGCUCCUGUAGUUCAAGCAGUUCGUCCAGUUCAGAUUCUGAAGCAGAUCAAGCUUGUUCAAAAGCAGUUGCGCCAUCUAAAAUAGAAAAUAUCCUGAGGUGUUUUUCGUCAUCUAGCACCAACGAAGAUGAAACUCCACGCGAUUGUGUUGCUGAACCAGUAGCUGGAAGGUUUACAAAUAACAAUUUUAGUAACCCUUCUGAUCCCGUAGCUUCACGGUCUACAAUUUCUGCAGAUAUAGCUUCUCCAUGUAUUGAAGGUAAUGAAAAUGUUAAUUCGAGAAAAGAACGGAAACGAAAAGCUACACCCAAUAACUGGUUACGCGCCAAAGCGAAAAUUUUGAGAAAUUCUGGUAAGUCUUACUUGUCUAAUUCAAAAAAAGAAAUGACCAUAGUCCCUGCAAAGUCUUUAAAAGCACCAUGUUCUGAAAAAUGCAAACAAAAUUGUGUACAAAAGAUUACAGAAACACAACGCCAGCAAAUUUUUGAUAACUAUUGGACCAUGGGAGACUUGCAGAGACAACGUGAAUUUAUUCUACGCCAUCUUUCAGUGGUUGAACCAAGACAUUCUUACAAAAUUCAUAAUAGUAAUCGUGGAAAAAAUAAUGCUUUUUAUUUUACUGUUAAUAAUGAACGAAUUAGAGUAUGUAAAAUAUUUUUUAAAGCCACGUUAGAUAUUACUGAUAUUACAGUCCGCACCGUACUUAAGAAGAAGAAUAACGCAUGUGGAAUACUAGAUCUGGACAAUCGAGGCAAACAUAGCCAACAUUUUACUAUUGAUCCUGCUAUAAAAGAGGGUAUUAGACGCCACAUAGACUCCAUACCUAAAAUUGAAAGCCACUACUGUCGGUCCGACACAAAGAGGCUUUAUAUUGAUGGAGGUAAAACUAUAGCAGAGUUGCAUAGAGAUUAUGAACUCGAUUGCGAUUCAAAAGAUCUACCAAGCGGCAAUUACUUAAUGUAUUAUAAAAUUUUUAACAGCGAAUUUAACAUUGCCUUUUUCCAACCGAAAAAGGAUCAGUGUCAGGAUUGCACAUCUUUUAGUAAUGCCGUAGAAAAAGAUAAGGAAGAGUUGAGGAAAAUGUAUGAUACGCACUUAAAAGAAAAGAAUCUAGCAAGACAAAAUAAAGAAGACGACAAACAGUAUACUCCCGAUAAUUGUAUUGUAGCCGUGUAUGAUCUUCAAGCUGCAAUGCCUUGUCCUAGAGGCGAUGCGUCAAACUUUUACUACGUAUCAAAAUUGAAUGUGUACAACUUCACGAUAUAUAACUUGAAGUCUAAAGACACUGCUUGUUUUGUCUGGCAUGAGGGUGAAGGCAAAUGAGGAGCUAUAGAAAUUGGAACG